UGUACCAUCUGCAUCAUGAUGACUUGCACGGUAACGGAAUGGUGCGUGGAUUGUGAACAUGCAGAAAAAUGGAGACGUGAGAUGAGAAGAUAUUCAUGUUCAAAUGAUUGCCAAUAUGUUUUCCACAUUUCUUUGCAGAAAGAUCAUCAAUUCGAGGCAAUUGAUGUCAGGUCAGAACCGACUAUUAUUGCAUGAUAUCAGUCAUAAAAACAGCAACGAUAUUGCGUUCGUUGAACGCUGCCUCGUAAUCUACAAGAUAGAGAAGUUGAGUGGAUAUCUUGAUGUGCCUUUUCAACUUUGUCUGAUGUACUGAUGACACACCAUCAACACAGAGGCUGAGAUGUCUGCAGCAGAACCUGAGGCCUGUUCCUGCUCCUCUUCUUCACUUGAUGUAGAAGAGAAAUGUCAGUACUAUGGCAAUUCCAGCUCUGAUCCUCCCACUGAACCACAUCCAGACAUGGACAUGUUCUGCUGUCACAGUGUCCAGGAUUCCUUACUGAGCUCUGACAGCCGCUUCACAAACUAUAGAGGGAUUCUCAACUGGAUCAUUAUCCUUCUGAUCUUGACCCAUGCUCACCUGUUCCUGGAUAACUUUAUACAACAUGGCUUCUUGAUUGACUUGAGGAAAGUCUUGGAGCACCUUAUGGAGGACAAUUAUAACUGGCCGUCUGUCAACCUGAUACUGGCUGCCAAUAUGUUUGCUAUUGCUGCUCUGCUACUUGAGAGGUGUCUGGAUAAGGGAUCACUAUCCCCCAGUGCAGGGCACUGUUUACACCUGGGGAACCUGGGAUUACUAACACUUUUUCCUGCUGUCAUCAUUCUAUAUGAUAGUUCAAUAUCAACAGGGGGAGCAUAUUUCUCACUCUGGACCUACACUGUUCUUGGGCUCAAGCUUUAUUCUUACCAAGAAACCAACAAUUGGUAUCGUCAGGAGUCUGUUCCAUCUCCAGGAGCAGACAAGUGUGUAUUACAUGAGACAAAAAAACAUAUAGAACACCUAACUAUUAAAGACCUUUACUACUUUCUCCUGGCGCCCACUUUAUGCUACCAGCGAGAUUUCCCCUUCACACCAAGGGUCCGUAUCAACGUUCUUUGUAAGACGCUGAUAGAAAUGGUGGUCCUUACUCAAAUUAUUGUGGGAAUUGUGCAGCAGUGGAUUGAACCCAUCUUCCAGAGAUCAGAAAACUCCUUCUCUAAUAUGGACAUCACUACCAGGGUGGAGCACUUGAUGGAGCUUGUGGCUCCCAACCACUUCCUGUGGCUGAUGUUCUCCUUCCUGUUUUCUCACUCCUACCUGAACUUCUGUGCUGAACUGUUGUGCUUUGGAGACCGCCAUUUCUAUGGGGAUUGGUGGAAUGCUAAAACACUGAAAUGUUUUUGGGGGAAUUGGAAUAUUCCUCUUCAUAGGUGGUGCUACAGACACUUGUAUACACCACUACUGAAAAAGAGGGUGUCACAAAAGCAAGCAGAUUUGCUGGUCUUCCUGGUGUCAGCUGCCCUUUGCGAGUAUGUCAUUGCUCUGCCCUUACACAGCUGUCGUCUAUGGAUCUUCUUCAUGAUGAUCUUUGAGCUCCUGGUAGAUGUUUACCUUGGAGACUAUUUCAAGGGUAACUAUGGCAAUGGGCUGAUGUGGCUGUGCUUUCUACUGGGUCCUCCCCUGGCUGUGCUGACCUAUUUCCAUGACCACUACAUGAGUCACCAUGGCCAACAUCCUCCUGGACUGUCCGUUGCUGAGUGUUUGUCAUGAUCACUGUCUUAUACACAAUUGGAUAUAGCACUUUCGGAUACCUUUGAAAGACUUACGUCCAGCAAUGGACCAUUUGUAGGGACAGUUGGCAUAUCAGACAAAUUGUUCCCAUUUUUGUUGAAAAACUCAAGAAAUCAACACCUUCACAGCUAUUCAUAAUGCUUUUGAAUUUGAACAAUCUGUGGAUACGUCUUGUAAUGAUAUGACUCAACCACACGUGAAAGAUAUGGCUGCUUAUUCACUGUAUAUCAACAUAUGGUUUUGGUUCACCCAAUUUUAAUGUAAGCUUAUGGAUUAUAGCCAAUUUAUUUCAGACAACAUUAACUGCUGGGUGAAAACUAUUGGUAAACCACAACAUGUUGAAUUUAAGCACUGUUCGAAAUAUGUAGCUUCCAAUUGAAUUGUUGUUACUCAGUAUGGGGAAAUGUGGUUUUAAAUAAACAGCAUUUGAAGCUUU